CAUUAAUAUAUACAGAGUCAGGAGGUCAGGGACUGUUUGUCAGAGCAGGUGAGAUGGCUCAGGUGCGGCGGGCGGUGAGUGAUGCAUUGUGGGGGAUGUGUGCGGCUGACUCCAUGUCCAUGCCGGUCCACUGGUACUACGACAUCGGAGACAUAAGGAGAGACUUUGGAGGUUGGAUUUCUGGCUUCCACUCGCCCAGACUCAGACACCCGUCCAGCAUCCUCAGCCUGUCCAACAUCGCUGGUAGCGGGCGGACCGCCUGGUCAUCAGGCGCCAAGAAACCCGAUGUGGUCGGUAACGUGAUCCUCCACAACAAACUGAAUCUGUGGAAGUCCUCCGAUGGCUCCGUCCACUACCAUCAAGGUCUUCAGGCCGGGGACAACACACUUAAUGUCCUCUGUUCCCUGCGGGCGGCCCGCUUGCUCACUGGACGUUUCAGCGACGUCUCUCAGGCGGACGCCCGAGCCGCCGUCCUAUCGGACUAUAUCCACUUCAUGACAACGCCCGGCUCACACCAGGACACGUAUGCCGAGUCCUUCCACCGCUCCUUCUUCUCCGACUGGCAGGACAGCAGACCGACCUCGCCCCGUCAGGUUCUUGCAUUUGCAGAAAAUCGCAGCCGCCACAUUAUGAGCUCCUCGUUCCCAGACAGCCAACUGGACGCCAUCGGCUGCCUUCCCAUGAUCCUCCCUUUUAUCCUGCUGUCCGCCUCAGCCAAUGAGAAGCGUGCUGUCUCAGCAGCGGUGGAGUUUGUGAAGCUCACACACCCCCAUCCCAAGGUGCCUGAAUACGUGUCCAUCUACAGCCAGGCGCUGCACGCCGUGCUAGGCGGAGCCAGCAUCCAGCAGCAGGCCGAGCACGCUCUGAGGAGGCUGGACGCCUGGGAGGACUGCCAGAGCUACGGCCACCAGGCCGCCAGGUUUCCAGCGUCCUCUGAAAAGCGUCUGCAGGUCCAUCAGAGGGCUGUGAAGCACUUCGGUCUGGCCUGCUACACUAAAGGAGCUCUGUCCAGCAUGUUCUACCUGGCUCACCAGUUUCAUGACGACCUCACCGGAGGAAUCCUGACCAACACCAACUGUGGAGGUGAGAACUGUAACCGCGGGGCGGCGUUGGGGGCCCUGCUGGGGGCCGGGGGCUCCUACAGAGGGGACGCCGUCCCUCAGCAGUGGAGGGAGGAGCUGAGAGACGCCCAGGAAUUCAUCCCCGACAUCCUGAAACAGAUGGACUGAGAGCAGCGUCGCCCCCCAGAGGAGCGGAGGGGAACUGCAGCACUGAAAAUACAAACCAAUCAAAGCUUGUCUUCCUGAUUCUCCUUUAAUUCCACUUCCUUUAUUUAAUUGUUG